AUGGUCAACAAUAUAAGAGCACUUGGUGAAGAUAUUAAGGAUGUUGAAGUUUGUAAGAAGAUACUAAGGUCACUCACCUCUAGAUUUAAUCCUAAAGUGACAAUUCUUGAAGACAAAGAUCUUUCUGAAGUGAAGAUUGACGAGCUUCAGGCCUUUCUCACUGCCUAUGAAAUGAGAAUUGGUGUUCCAGCUAUUCAUAGAAGAGAAGCACCUCUUAAAGCAGAGGAAGUUGUUGAAGAAACUGAAGCAAAGUUUGAAGAUGAUCUAGAAAAAGAUGAGGUUGCCUAUUUUGCUAAGAAUUCAGAAAGUUCAAUUGAAGAAGAUAGUGACACUGAGAUUGAGGAAAUUCUUGAAGAGUGUGAAAGGCUUGCAGUGAAGUAUGAUCAACAAAAAGCUCAGAUAAAAAGCAAGAGAGACUUUGUUACCAUAACUAUAAAGAACUUCAAGAUAACUAGAAUGUAUGUCAAGAAGUCAGACUUAGCUUCAGCUCAGAAGGUCAAGGACAAAGGAUCAUUGGUGAAGACUAAAAUGAUGUGCAUUCCUAAGAAGCUGAACUCUAUGAGUCUUCUUGUGUAUACAGCCUUUAAAGCUUGUAAUACUCAGGAUAAAUGGUAUGUUGAUAUUGGCUACUCAAGACACAUGGCAGGUGAUGGUUCUAAAUUUAAUUCGUUGAAGCAGUUUGAUGGUGGAAAUGUUAUCUUUGGAGAUAAUCAAAGGGCUAAGAUUGUUGGAAUUGGUACUGUGAGUAAGUCUGAAAAGUUGCCAGAAAUCCAUGAAGUUCUAUUGGUUAAAGGACUCAAACAUAAUCUCCUCAGUGUUAGUCAAUUGUGUAACAGUGGGAAGGAGGUCUGUUUCAAUAAAGAAAGAUGCAAUGUGAUUGAUCUUGAAUCAAAACAAGUUUUGUUCUCAGCUAAUAGAUCUUCAAGAAAUGUGUACACAGUCAUUGAAGAAAGUCAGGUCACUCAAUGUAAUUUAACAACCUGUGAUGAAGCAAAGUUGUGGCAUAAGAGGUUAGGUCAUCUUCAUUCAAGAAAUAUAUCCAAAAUUCUGAAGAUGAAAGCUGUUAAAGGACUGCCUGACAUUAGUUUUAAAGAUGAUCACCUUUGUAAAUCAUGUCAACAAGGAAAGUAA